AUGGAAGACCCUCGGAAAAAAUUAAUAAUUAAUAUUUCAAGUAAUUUUAAUAUUCAAGUUGAUAAUGAUAAUGAAGGUUCUAUUAUCAGUUUUCAUAAAGCUAAAAAUACAACAAUUACAGAAGAAAAUAUACGAGAUAUGAUUAGUAUCAAUUAUUUUAAAGGAAAACCAGCUUUUGCAUUGUACACCGUCCUACAAAAUAUAUUUACACCUAUGAUAUUUCAGAAUAAACAUACAAUCGAGCCAUCAGUUCAAGAACAAAUUUUACAAUUACAAAAUACAUUGCGUGCAUCGUUUUUUAAUAAUGCUGAAAAAAGUGAAAAUUUUGAUGAAUCAGCAGUCGGAUUAGAUGUGGUACUAAAAAUUGAACAUGAAGUCGAAUAUUGGGACAAUAUAUCGAAACAUGGAAAAAGAAGUCGUGAAAGAGAUAUGGGACAUACUUUCAGGGACAUUCUACAGAAAUUGGCAGAUGACUUUGGAAAUAUAGAUUCACUUCAUUUUCUGGAUGUGGAAGAUGUAUUAGAAAAUACUCAAACAAUUUUUGAUGAUUUGUGGCGACAUGAACGGUAUACAUAUUCUCAACCAAGAAUGCAACAUUUGCUAUCGUUAAUUGCAAGUCAAAUUGUUCAAUACAUAGAAAAGCAAUUCACUGAUAUCGAUGUUUGGCAGAAUACAAAUCAAAGUGAAACAUUCACUUUGCUAGAAAAUAGCGUUGCAUUAACAAAACGUUGGAUUGAAAUAUGUACAAGCUUAACAAAAUUAUUCUGGCCAAAUCAUGCAUUGCAUCCAUGGAUCGGCGAGCCAUUUGUACCAUCAACUAUUAUCCGUUUUCAAGAUCGAUUAGAAGAGAUGUUACACAUAAAAACUACACAUCGGCAGUUAUUAAAACUUCUAUCACAAAAUGAAAAAGAAGACUUAGAACCAAAUGAACUAUUUAAACCAUUUAAAAAUAUUUACCCUUUACAAUACAAUUCUUAUACGGAACCUGAAUGGAGAACUGCGGUUUUGAAAUUUGAAAGAGCUUUACAUCCAAUAGAAGAACGUGUUGGAGCUAAAUUAAAGCAUCAAUUAAGCAGUAAUCACUCUAACAUACGUCAAUUGUUACACGAUUAUCUAAGGUAUGGCGAAUUAAUAUCACGGCCAACGGUCAAACAAAUUUUAUUAAACGAACGUGAACAAUUAUUAGCGUCGUUGGGUGAUUAUUUACAAGAAAUAACUAUGUCCCAACAAAAUUCAGGAAAUAAUGUUAUUAUGAACGAUACACCACAAAUUGUGCAAGAUAUUUCACAUUUAAGGCAGUUAGAAUCGCGAGUGAAAGAAGUUAAAAAAGUCAGUGAACAAAUUCUUACUGAUUUAAAAAAUUUUGAUGCAUUUAUUAAUACAGUGAAUGGGUUAUUGUAUAAUUUAAAACAACAGCAUAGUGAUAUGUUCGAUUCAUGGAUUCGUCAAACCACAAAAAAUAUUGAAAACCAAACAUUAAUGUUGAAAGAAAACGAACCGGUAGUCGAAUUUUCAAAAACAAAAUUGAUGCGCGUAAAUUAUUCGUCAAAAUUAGUAGUUCUAAUUCGAGAAGUAAGGCAAUUAUCUGCAUUGAAUUAUAGAAUUCCAAAUCAUAUUCAAGAAGUAGCUGAUCGUGCGAAAAAAUUUAUGAGUUAUGCAAAGAUUUUGGAACAGGUUGCUAAUUUCCACAAUACUGUUGGGGAUCGAAUGAUUGCUUCACAACGUCCAAUGAUGUUGGCUGGUGCUAUGAAUUUGGCUAAAUUGGUACAGGAUGAAUCGACGGUAACAUGGUCUGAUGAAGAAAAUGUUAAAUUGUACAUUAAUAAAUUACACACUGCUGUAGAUCGUUUAUCAAGGGAAAAUAACGAAUUAGCAGCAUAUCAUGGUCAACUUGGCCAAAAAGUUUCUGAAUUGUUGGAAACAGAUUUAAUACGAUAUCAGCAUAAGUGGAAAGAUGGUGUAAAUUUUAUGCGUGAAAUAAUGGAUAACCUUGCAUCUAAAGGGUUUACAAAUAUGCAAGCAUGGAAACAUCAUUGGAACCAAGAAUUGGCUAAAGCACUAGAAUAUCAAUAUCAAUUAGGUUUGGAUCAAAUACAUCAUCAUUUACCAGAAAUCAAAGCUGAUUUGAUUAUGCGAUCUGGGAAAGUGCAAUUUAAUCCACCAAUAGAGGAAUUGCGUAUGAAGUAUUAUAAUCAAUUACGACGAUAUUUGUCAAUUCCACUAUAUUUUAGAGGUGUUUCAGAUGAAGGUUCAAAAUCAGUAUUUACAGAUAUCAUUGAUAGGAGUUCUGAUAAGUUUACAAUGGUUUAUGUAAAGGCUGAAGAAUUAAUGGAUGAGCUAAAUGAAUUGACUAAGAAAUGGAGUCCUUGGUUAUCUUUGGGUAGUGUGGACUUGGAUGAACUUGCAGAAACACAUUUAAAAACAUGGAAUGAUUGGGAUGCAAACUUUCGUGAAUCAAAGUCAUUUGGACAACAAAUAGCAAAACUAUCGAGCUGGGAAGAACAUGUUGGUUACUUCACAAUAUCAUUAGGAUUAGCUAGAUCCGACAUGGAAGCACAUAAUCGACGUUAUUGGUCGACUUUGGUUUCGUCAUUACAAGCAUCAAUUAUUCGUGAUGUUAGCGUUAUUGAACGAUUUAUUGUAACAGCAACAGGCAAUUUAACAAAACAACCUCGAACACCAGAUGAUAUAGCCGAAGUACAUGCAGCACACGCCGAAGUUAUGGUCCAAACGCCAGAGAUGACAAAAAUGUAUAACGAUCUUCUGCAUCGGAAUAAAAUUUUGGCUAACUGGAGCAAAGAUCGUGUUGAAUCCGUUAUUCGUUUACAAGGUCCAUGGGAACAUUUACAAUCAUUGUUGUCUAAUCAUAAACAGUUAAUAGAAAAACAAUUGGAAGGCAUUAAAGGCAGUAUAGCAGGUGCAGGAAAAAGUCUAAGUGAUGAAGUCGAUCGAUGGUAUAUUAGAUGGGAAGAAAUAAAACCUAAGCCACAUUCACAAAAUAUAAGUGAGCUAUUGAAAGGUUUGAAAAUGAUAAAAGAACAACGUAACAUAUGGGAUGGAUUUCUUCAGCAAAAAGAAAAACUCGAGACUAAUUGCAGUCGGUUUGGAGUAGAUCAACCUGAUUUUAUUGCUUUUAAGCAAAUGCAAGAAGAACUAGAUUCUGAAGAAAAAAAAUGGUCCAUUGUAGAAGAUUUUAAUAAUGAAUUACAAAAAAUUCAAGAUGAAGAUUGGAUUGUAUUUCGCAAGCAAUUGUAUAAAUUGAAUGAUUUUAUCACUCAAUGGGAGGAAACAUUAUUACAUUUAACACAAAAUCCAUUAUCGACGUGCUUACUGCAGGAAAUUCAAAAAUAUAAGAAUGCUUUGCCGACUUUAAAAUUAUUAAAAGGAGAAGAUUUCACAGAGAGACAUUGGACAGAAGUUUUUAACUUAUUAAAUAUUCAAACUCGUCCUAUUGACUUAGUAACUGUUAGUCAUUUCCUGAACGUUGCAAAUCUUUUAUCUGAGCCUAACGUGGUGGGAUACCUCCAGAAUUUAAAUAAAAAAGCUGCUAGUGAAAUUGUGGUUCGGCAAGCGCUAGGAGAACUUGAAAGUUGGGAAGUACAAGCACGUUUUAUUUUGGUAUCACAUGUAGAUUCAAAUGGGAAGGAAAUUAUGCUGAUCAAAGACUUCAAGGAAGUAGCUAACACAAUUGGUGAUAAUCAAUGCCUUCUACAAUCUGUGAAAACUUCAACUGAUUAUGAAAGUUUUUCCGAACGUGGAUCUUUGUGGGAAACAAGACUAGCAGAUCUUGAUUAUUUCAUUAACAUGCUUGGAUUAGUACAACAUAAGUGGAUCUACUUGGAACCUAUUUUUAGUAGAGGCACACUACGCCAAGAACAAGCACGAUUCCAAAGAAUUGAUCGUGAAUUUCGAUCUAUUUUCAAUUCUAUAAAUCAAGAUUCAAGAGUAGCUGCAUUAUUACGUAUUCCAGAUUUAAAAAAAAUAUUGAAUAUGCUUUUGGACCAAUUAAAUAGGUGCCAAGCCAGUUUAAACAAUUAUUUGAUCGAAAAACGUUCUAAAUUUCCAAGAUUUUUGUUUUUAUCUGAUGAUGAUUUAUUAGAAAUAUUGGGCCAAUCUACACAUGAAGAUAUUAUCCAAUUACAUUUAAAGAAGAUAUUCGCUGGUAUUCAUAGUGUUGAAAUUAAAGAUGGUCUAGAUAUUCAAGAUAAACGUAUUAUAGCUAUGAAAUCAUUAAAUGGAGAAAUUGUACCACUUAAAAACAGCAUUAAUAUUAUGAAACCUGUAGAGGAUUGGCUUCAAGAACUCGUCAACGAAAUGCAAUCCACUUUGAAGAGUCUAAUCAAUGAAUGUUUGUUUGAAACUAAAGACAAUAGCAACACUUCAGGCGCUGAUCCUUUAAAAUAUCCAUCACAAAUUCUGUGUUUAUCUGCAAACGUUCAUUUUACAAAGCGAGUCGAAGAAGCAAUUGUCACAAAUAAAAAUGAAAGUGAAUUCAAUAUUUUGGAAUUAAAGUUAAAAGCUUUGUUAAUGGAUUUAACUCAUCAUUUGGCUAUCGUUGCAGAGUUAAUUGAAAAUAAUGUCACAAAAUUACAAAAUUGGUUUUGGUUUAAGCAAUUAAGAUUUUAUGAAGAUAAAAAAAGUGUCAUUAAAGUUUGCAUGGGAGUCGCCGAGUUCGAGUAUUCAUUUGAAUAUUUGGGUAAUGCAGGAAAAUUGGUACAAACACCUUUAACUGAUAAAUGCUUUCUCACGCUAACACAGGGUAUGUGUAUUGGAUUGGGUGGUAAUCCUUAUGGACCUGCUGGAACAGGUAAAACGGAAUCAGUUAAAGAUCUUGGUGGAUUAUUAGGUCGUCAAGUAUUAGUAUUCAAUUGUGAUGAGGGAAUUGAUGCAAAAUCUAUGGAACGUAUACUUGUUGGGCUUGCUCGAUGUGGUGCAUGGGGAUGUUUUGAUGAAUUUAAUCGUUUGGAUGAAGGUACAUUAAGUUCAGUUUCAACACAAAUUCAAAAUAUUCAAACUGCAAUUGUAAACAAAGCAACAACAAUAACUGUCCAAGAUUCUGAGGUAGAAAUUAAUCCAUACUGUGCUAUUUUCGUUACUUUAAAUCCAGCUGGUGCUGGAUAUGGAGCUCGAAAUAAACUGCCAAAUAAUUUAAAACAAUUAUUUAGACCAGUUGUUAUGACUGUCCCUGAUCAAAUUCAAAUUGCACGUGUACUAUUGUUCGUGGAUGGCUACCAACAUUCUGAUGUUUUAUCAAAGAAAAUUUGUGAAUUGUUUCAAUUGUCGUGUGAUAUUCUACCAAAAAAACAACAUUAUGAUUGGGGUUUACGAGCAUUAAAAACUGUACUAAAAACAUGCGGUGAUAUUCGUCAACGAACAAAGGCUAAAACUAAAGAUUCAAAUGCAUCAUCAACAUUGUUGGAUGAAAUGGCAUGCAUUGUUGAAGCUAUCAAAUUGAAUGUGUUAUCAAAAUUGAGCUCAACUGAUCGAAUCAAGUUUGAAAUUCUUAUUGAAGAUGUAUUCCCAUUGGAACAUCACAAUAAUGAUGCAUAUAAUGAAUUAAAACUACAAUUAAUUCAAUCAUUCCAACAAUUAAAACUCCAAGUUAAUGAUGAGCAAAUUACCAAAUGUAUAGAAUUGUAUGAACAACUUAAACAACGAAUGGGUGUCGUUAUUCUGGGCCCUCCGAGUUCUGGAAAAAGUGUUAUUCGUAAGGCUUUAUUACACGCAUUAACUAGUAUGAAGAAAACUGUUAAAGAGUAUGUGGUAAAUCCGAAAGCAAUGAGUCGAUAUCAAUUAUUGGGUAAAGUCGAUACUGAAACACGACAAUGGACUGGUGGAGUAUUAACAUCGUACGCGUUACAGGCUUGUAACGAGCCAUUAGAUGUCUGGAGUUGGAUGGUAUGUGAUGGAGAUAUCGAUCCAGAAUGGAUAGAAGCACUUAACUCAGUAUUGGAUGAUAAUCGCUUAUUAACGUUACCAUCUGGUUGGCGAAUACAAUUUCAGCCUAAUGUUAAUUUUAUAUUUGAAACACAUGAUCUGAGUCACGCAUCUCCAGCCACUGUAUCAAGAAUGGGAAUUAUUUCAUUAAGUGAAGACAGUGUUGACAUUAAGAGUUUAAUUCAAUCAUAUAUAUUGAGAUGGUCUGAAGAACAAAAACUAAAUUUAGCACAAUUUAUGGAUGAUUACCUUUAUAAAGCAAUUGAUUGGAUUAUUGACGAAGGUGUGCUUGCAUUAAAAUGUUCAAAAAUUGGAAUUAUACUAAAUGGUUUAACUCAAAUUUGUAAUGCAACAACAAAGGCACAAUUUGUAGUUGGAUUAAUUUCCGGAUUAGGCAGUCUACUUACAUACGAAAGUCGAGAAUCAUUUGUGAAAAUGAUAUUAGAGUUAUCGAAUGAAUUCGUUAGUUCAGCAACACCGUAUUUAUAUUACGAUGAACGUCGUGAUUGUAUUGAAAAUUAUUCGUAUACUGAUUCAACAAUUGAUAUGCCCAAUACACUACAAUUACCAUUAAUUUUAACAAACAAUGUCCAACAUGCAUUACAUACAAUCAAUGAAUGGAUUAGUGACACACAUCAAAUUCAACAUUUCUUAUUGGUUGGACCUCAUGGCUCAGCCAAAAACUUAAUUUUAAAGCAAUUAAUUGCUAACAGAAAUGACAGGGAAAUGAUAACAAUUUACUGUAGUCAAAAUUUAAGGCCAGAAUAUGUAGUACAAAAAAUAUCACAAUACUGUAUAACCGUGAGUAGUAAUAGAGGAGGUCGUAUAUUUCGACCAAAAAAAGGUAAAUUAAUUUUACACUUUAAAGGAUUGGAUUGUUUACGUUGUGAUUCAUGGGGUACCAAUAUUUUAAUAUCGUUUUUACACCAGGUUGGUUACACAUUCAAAAUUCCAUUCGCGUCCAAAUCAAAUGUAACUUCAAUUUUAGGAACACCUCGUGGAGCUGGUGGUAUUCCAGUUAAAUCAAAUGUUCCUAUAUGGCAACAAGGAAAAGUGGAAAUUAUUGCAAACGAUCAAGGAAAUCGAACAACACCAUCGUAUGUGGCCUUCAGUGACACAGAACGAUUAAUUGGGGAUGCAGCAAAAAAUCAAGUUGCAAUGAAUCCACAAAAUACUGUCUUUGAUGCAAAACGUUUAAUCGGUCGAAAAUUUGAUGAUCCAAAAAUACAAGCGGAUAUGAAACAUUGGCCUUUCAAAGUUAUCAAUGAUUGUAGUAAACCUAAAAUUCAAGUAGAAUUCAAAGGGGAACAGAAACGAUUUGCACCUGAAGAAAUUAGUUCAAUGGUCUUAACAAAAAUGAAACAAACAGCAGAAGCUUAUUUAGGUCAAGAAGUCCGCGACGCUGUUAUCACUGUGCCAGCUUACUUUAAUGAUUCUCAACGUCAAGCUACCAAAGAUGCUGGAGCAAUUGCUGGGUUGAAUGUACUCCGAAUAAUAAAUGAACCGACAGCAGCAGCAUUAGCCUACGGUUUGGAUAAGAACUUGAAGGGUGAACGAAAUGUGCUAAUAUUUGAUUUAGGCGGUGGCACCUUCGAUGUAUCAAUUUUAACAAUCGACGAGGGUUCAUUAUUUGAAGUACGAUCUACCGCUGGCGACACACAUUUAGGCGGAGAAGAUUUUGACAAUCGUCUGGUGAAUCAUCUGGCUGAAGAAUUUAAACGGAAAUUUAGAAAGGAUUUACGUAGUAAUCCACGAGCACUACGGCGUUUACGAACAGCAGCUGAACGAGCAAAACGAACACUGUCUUCAAGUACGGAAGCAACAAUAGAAAUUGAUGCCUUAUUUGAAGGUAUUGAUUUCUACACGAAAAUAUCAAGAGCUCGUUUCGAAGAACUUUGUUCCGACUUGUUCCGUGGCACCUUGCAACCAGUUGAAAAAGCUUUAGCUGAUGCCAAACUAGACAAAGGAGCAAUACACGAUGUUGUCUUGGUUGGUGGAUCAACACGCAUUCCCAAAAUACAAUCGUUACUACAAAACUAUUUCUGUGGUAAACCAUUAAACUUGUCAAUUAAUCCAGACGAAGCUGUAGCCUACGGUGCAGCUGUUCAAGCAGCAAUUUUAAGUGGAGCGUCAGACACGAAGAUUCAAGAUGUGCUGUUAGUUGACGUGACACCAUUAUCUUUAGGAAUAGAAACUGCUGGUGGCGUAAUGACUAAAAUAAUUGAACGGAAUGCACGAAUCCCUUGCAAACAAACACAAACAUUUACGACGUACUCAGAUAAUCAACCAGCUGUUACCAUUCAAGUGUUUGAAGGCGAACGUGCAAUGACCAAAGACAACAACUUACUAGGAACAUUUGAUUUAACUGGAAUACCACCAGCUCCACGAGGUGUUCCUAAAAUUGAAGUUACAUUUGAUUUGGACGCGAAUGGAAUUUUGAAUGUGUCUGCAAAAGAUAACAGCAGUGGUAAUUCAAAGAACAUCACAAUAAGAAAUGACAAAGGGCGUUUAUCACAGAAAGAUAUUGAUCGCAUGUUAGCUGAAGCUGAAAAAUACAAAGAAGAGGAUGAACGUCAACGUGAAGUGAUUGCAGCUAGAAAUCAAUUAGAAGGCUACAUAUUUAAUUUGAAAGCAGCUGUAGAAGAUGCUGGUGAUAAAUUAGAGGCAGGUGAUAAGGAGAAAGUCAAAUCGGAAUGUGAUUCUGCCUUACAGUGGUUAGAUAACAAUCGUUUGGCGGAUAAAUCAGAAAUUGAAUAUCGUUUGAAAGAGUUAACAAGAACAUGCAGUCCGAUUAUGACUAAAUUGCACGGAGGAGCAUCAUCACAACAAAUGCCAUCAGGACCAGGUGGUAGUUAUCCUAAUGCUGGUGCAAGCUGUGGUCAACAAUACCGUGGUGGUUUUGGAGGACAACAUCAAGGACCAACAAUUGAAGAAUUAAUUAAUUAUAAUGGAGUAUUUGAUAAAAAUUUGGAAUGGAUUGGAUUAGAGAAUAUUCUCAUAGUUGGAACAUUAAAUCGUACCACUACGUUAUCUGCAAGAUUUACUUCCAUAGUUCAGAAUAGUUCUGUUAGUAUCAAAUAUGAAAAUUUAGCAACAAUGAUUGUUGAAUUUUAUGAUGAAAUCCAAAAGAAAAUUGUGGAAAUUAAUCAACCGCAUUACGCAUUCAGUCCACAUGAUUUAACAAAUUGGUGUUACAAUUUAUUCAGAUACAAGAAUUUAUUAAAUGAGUCUUUCGAUGAAAGUUUCAUGGAGGCUGUUUGUUACGAAGCGAAAAGAAUAUUUAUAGAUAAAUUAGCAAAUGAGCCAGAAAGAAUUAAGAUAGAAGGCAUGUUAAAAAAAUAUUUAUCACAAGUUUGGCCAAAUGAUACCACAAUAGUAUCAAGAAUUGAAACUGUCUGCUUCAUUAGCGAUGAUAAUUCUAAUCGAAAUGAAAUUCCACUAUGGGGAACAUUAUUAACGAAAUUUAAUUUACAUGAUUGGAAAUUAAAUGUGGAAAAAUACGUUGAACGCUAUGAAAAUGAAAAUGGCCAUUGUAUUAAUUUACCGUUAUUUCACGAAUUAUUACAACUAAUAUCGAAAAUAAAUCGUAUUGUUACAAAACCCGGUGGAUCGAUUAUUUUAGCAGGCCGUACUGGUGUUGGGCGAAAAACAGCUGUAAAAAUAGCUGCAUAUAUGCAAGGAGCUCGCUGUAUUUUUAUUUCUGAUAAUGUUCAACAAUUCAAAAUAGACAUGAAAUCAGCAAUGCAGACAGCUGGAAUUGAAAGAGAACCAACCUUUCUCCUUCUAGAAGAACAUAUACUGAAAUGCUCGUUUGUUAAGAGUAUUUUAAAUACACUCAUUUCAACAGGCGAGGCAAUAGAUUUAUAUACAACAACAGAAUUAGAAACAAUUGUGUCCGGAUUACGAGAACAAUUAGAGCAAGAUGGUUUUGAAGGUUCCCUAACAGAAUAUUUUCACCACAGGGUCAACGAGCAGUUGCAUAUUAUUGUAACACUAGAUGUUACCAACGAAGAUUUUAUAAAAGUAUACGAUGAGUAUCCAGAACUAUUAUCAAAAUGCUCAACCAUUUGGAUCGAUUCUUGGUCACUUACAACAAUGCAAGAUAUGCCUCAUCUAAUUAUUAGCAUGAAACGACAGGAAAAUAUUGACUAUACAAUGAUCGAAGCUCCAAGUGGAUUUGAAAUCAUUCAUUUAAAUGCACCAAGUGAUAUCCAAACACCAGGAAGAUUUAUAACAUUUAUCAACACAUACUUAAAAAUCCUUUAUAAAAAAAAGAAAAUGAUUUUAGAAAAAGGUGAUAAGCUUAAGGCUGGUGUUUCGAAAUUAGUUGAUGCAAAACAAUUAGUAGAAUCGCUGAAAAUAGAGGCUCAAGAACGUGAGAAAGAACUAGCUGAGCGACAAGCUAAAGCUAAUGAAGCAUUGGAAAAAAUUACGACGACAAUGAAAAAUGCUCAUUCACAUAAAGACGAACUUCAAUCGCUGAAAGAGAAAAGAGAAGAUGAAAAUAAAUCAAUUAUGCAAAGGAAAAAAGCUAUUGAACUUGAAUUAGCGGAAGUAGAACCUUUAAUUCAAGAAGCACGAGCUGCUGUUGGAAAUAUUCGCUCAGAAUCUUUAUAUGAGAUUCGAUCUCUGCGAGCCCCACCUGAUGUUAUACGAGAUAUUUUAGAAGGUGUCUUACGUUUAAUGGGAAUUUUAGACACUUCAUGGAAUAGUAUGAAAACAUUCCUUGCUAAAAGAGGUGUUAAGGAAGAAAUAAGAUCAUUUGACGCUAGUUUCAUAAGCAGUGAAAAUCGCCAAGCAGUUGAAAAACUGCUAAAUGCUAGAAAAGAAUCCUUCGAACCUAAAAACGCUAAACGUGCCUCAGUAGCUGCUGCUCCUUUAGCAGCUUGGGUUAAUGCUAACGUUAAGUAUGCCAGAGUAUUAGAAAAAAUACGCCCUUUGGAAAAGGAACAACAACAACUUCAAAGAAAUUUACAAGCUGCGGAAGAACAAAUAGUUAAUCUUAGCUCCGAUCUGACAGAUGUUGAUGCAACUGUAGCCAAACUCAAAGUUCAAUUGAACAAUUAUAGUCGCGAAGCUGCGGAAACUGAAGUGAAACUUAAGGCAGCUACAGAAACAUUGACAUCUUCCCAAGGAUUGGUAUCGAAAUUGGACGACGAGUUUAAUCGAUGGCAAGAACAGUUAGCAGAUAUUUCCAAAGAAAUAAAUAUAAUUCCAAUUAAAACAUUAUUGGCUGCAGCUUUUGUAAUAUAUUUAUCAAACGAAACGGAAAGUCAACGCAAGCAAUAUCUACAAAAUUGGCAAAAAGAAUUUCAAUUUAAUCAAGCUUUUUCAAUUGAAGAAUUUCUAAGUACAGAAAAAGAACAACUGCAAUGGCAAUCUGAAAAUUUACCACUUGAUAAACUGUCUGUACAAAAUGCUAUUAUUAUGCAAGAGACCUGGUUAUAUUCAUUAUUAAUUGAUCCAUCAUCAGUGGCUGUAGAAUGGUUAAAGAAUCAUUUCAGAUCUAAAUCAGUUGAAAUCACAAACCAAGAGAAUCCAAGAUUUUUAUCAACCUUAGAAUUAUCAAUAAGAUUUGGAAAAAUAUUAAUUAUUGAAGAAGUUAAUUCAAUUCAUCCUGUUUUAUAUUCAAUAUUACGCAAGAAUUUCGUUCAGCAAGGAUCACGCAAAUUAAUUGCUUUAUCAGGACGUCUUAUUGAUUUUCAUAAUGAUUUUAAAUUAUUUUUUGCCAGUCGCAAUCCAUCUUUAAGCAUCACAUCAGCUAUUUCAUCAUUUUUAUCAAUUAUUAAUUUCACUACAACCUUAUCAGGCCUUUCUGGCCAAUUAAUUGUUAGUACUUUACAACAAGAAAGGCCAGACUUAGAAACAAAUCGCCGAGAACUAUCGCAGAAAAAAGAAACUCUACAAAUUAAAUUAGAAGUACUUCAAGAUAAUCUACUAGAAGAUCUAGCUAAUGCCCAUGGAGAUAUUUUGGAAAAUAAGGAACUUUUAAUGUCAUUAAACGAGACUAAAUUGAAUAGCGCUGACGUAACAAGGGCAUUAAAAGAAUCAGCAAAUCUUCACCAGCAAUUAUCAAAUGAAUGUGAUGUUUACAAACCUUUAGCAGAUUUUGGAAGUAAUUUAUACUUUGCAAUAUUAGAAAUUAAUCGUUUUAAUCCACUGUACCAAUUAUCAGUAUCGACGUACAAAAAGCUAUUCUUAAAAAUUUUACAAUCAUUACAGGUCGAUGAAAUGAGUAAUAUUGAUAAAAAUCGGCGAUUUUUACAAUUGGUGUACCAAUACGUUGCACGUGGUUUAUUUAAAGAUGACCGUCUAUUAUUUGCUUUACAUUUAGCUCAUAAAAUGAUACCUCAAGAAAUUCCAGAUGAUGAAUGGGAAUUAUUUACUAGACAAGAGACAGCCAUAGGAAAAUUGAAUGUUGCACAUGCAAAAGAUCAUGUACCUAAUUGGUUGCCAGAUAAUCGAGUACAAGAAGUAUUCUUACUUCAGGUUGCUCUUCCAAAUCUAUAUUCAAGUCUAAGAUUGGAAGAUUCUGCAUCAUGGUCAAAAUUUAUGGAACACACUGAUUGUGAAAAUAACAUUCCAUCUGAUUUAUCACAUAAAUUAACAAUGUUUCAGCAACUAUUGGUUGUUCAAGCUCUACGCCCAGAUCGAAUAUUUUCAGCAGUUUCCAAAUGUGCAGCAAAACUAAUAGGAUUACGAAAUCUGAAUCAAUCCAUAAUAAAUCUUUCACAAAUUUGUAAUGAAGCAACUGAAACUGAACCAAUACUUUUAAUAUCAUCCGGAGGAAUUGAUCCAUCAUUAGAAAUACGAGAGUUAGCUGAAAAAAAUAUGCCAAACAAGUUUAUAGAGAUUUCAAUGAGUAAUGGUGAAACAUCAUCUGCAAUUUUAGCCUUAUCUAAAGCCAGCUCAGAAGGAUAUUGGCUAUGUUUAAAAAAUCUGCAUCUUGUGAUUGAAUGGUUACCAAUUUUAUGUCAAAAAAUAAAGGAAAUCACAACAUUCCAUUCAAAUUUUCGACUGUGGCUAACCACUGAAUCACAUCCAAAUUUUUCUCCCGUUUUGUCCCAAUCUAGUAUACACAUCGCUUAUGAGGCGCCACAAGGAGUAAAACAGAACCUACUACGAAUAUACGACCAAUGGUUAAAUAAUCCAAAAAUAAUAGUUCAGAAGGAACAAUCACAACAACAAUUACAAAAUCGAAUUCUCUUUUCUUUAGCUUGUAUCCAUGCUAUUGUUCAAGAGAGAAGAAAUUUCAUUCCUCAAGGAUGGUCAACGUAUUAUGAGUUUAACAAUGGAGACUUGUCAACAGCUCAACAAUUAAUUUUGCAUAUCUUAAAGCAUUCUGGUAUAAAUAUUGAAUGGCCAGUUAUUCGAGGAUUAACAUCAACUGCUGUUUAUGGAGGUAAAAUCGAUAGUCAACAAGAUGAUCGUGUACUACAAACGUAUAUGCAACAAUAUCUUAAUGAAAAUAUUUUGAGUCAUUUAUGGAAACCUUUAGAUUUAUCAGGAGUACCACAUGGAAAUAUUCAAGAAUAUAUCACCUUUAUCGGAAAAUUGUCGGACGUGGAUAUACCUUCAUACUUUGGUUUACCAGAUAAUAUUCAUCGAAUUUGGGAAAUAAAUGCAGGUGCAACGAUAGUGUCCCAGUUAAAAAUUUUAGCACUUUCUAAUCUAAUUUCGAAUAAAUUUAAUAUUUCAAUAUGGCAAUCGAAACUAUCACCACUUUUAAAUUUGUGGAAGAAAUUAAAUCAAAAUCAUGAUUGGAUUCAUACUAAAAUUACAAAUAUAAAAUUAAUUGACAAUGCUGUCAAACCUUUUGAUUAUUACGUUCAAAACGAGUAUACUUUCUCACUAAAUUUAAUGCAAUUCAUUCAUAAAUGUUUAAUUGACAUUAGUAAAGUCCUAAGGAAUGUUAUUCUACCAAGUAAUGAUUUAUUAAAUAUUGGAAAUUGUUUAAUUAAUGGCAAGGUACCAGAUUCAUGGCUUAAAGAAUGGGAAGGACCUUUGGAACCAUUUGCAUACAUCAGAGCUGUAAUAAAAAGGGUGGACCACAUUAUAAAAUGGAAAGAUGAUAUUGAAAAAUUAGAUAUAUUUAAUACGCCAAUUGAUUUAGCAAAUUUAUUCCACCCAGAAACAUUUUUAGCUACAUUAAAAGAAUAUACUGCAAAGAAAAAGCAAAUUACUACUGAAAAUCUACGAUUAUCUUGUGAUUGGAGUGAAACUAAAACAAAUGCACUAUCAGUAACAAUUCAAAAUUUGCAAUUAGAAGGUGGCACAUUCAAUCGAAAUAUUUUGUCAUUUUGCAAACCUGACUCGCCUAGUGUAUGUACUGCAAUUAAUUUUCAAAUCGAAUGGAUUUUAGAAAAUGAAGACUUUUCAUCUGGAAAUUUAUUGCAAAUCCCUUUGUACUAUUCUAUUACAAGACAAAGACAUUUAGCGAAUCUGUACAUCCCAGUUAAUGAUUCGAUAAACACAUGGAUACAAACGGGAGUGGCAUUCCAUUUACGAUAAAAGAAAAGAAAAAAGCAGGAACUUCACACAAAU